AUGACGAUUCUUUCUGCUAAAUCUGGUACGAUAGGUAAUGAUAUAUCUUCAAUCGGUGCAUUUAGACAAUCGGAAAAUAGCAAACAUGAGGAAAAAAUAAAGUCAUUGGAAAUUGAACAAACAUCAUUGAUUAAAGAACUAAAUCGUUUGCGUCAAUCAUAUGACGAAGUAAAAAGUGAUUCUAUUGCAAAAACACGUCAAAUACAGUUAUUGAGAGAUUUUUAUACUGAACAAUAUGAAGUAUCAAAACAUGAACAAAUUGAAUAUUUUACUCGCAUUUUAAAUUUAUUUCAAGAUCUUCCUGAUUCAAAUAGAAAUAAGAAUUUUCAUAGACAAAAUUCUUCAUCUUUAUUAUUAGAUGAUAUAAGAAAUGAUUUAGAUCAACGAAUAAAUUCUUUUUUAAAUAAUUAUAAAUCAUUAUUAAUGAAGGAUUCUAAAGAUAAAGACAAAUCUAUUUCACAUGAUAUAUCUCUUCUUAUGUCGAAAUAUCAAGACAAAUUUUCUCAUUUAUUCACUAAUAAUGGUGAUGAUGAAAUAACAUUAACAAUAGAAGAUAAGAAAAUAAAUAAUCCAUUAUUGAAAAAUAUUAUUUUAUUUUUUAAUGAUCUUUAUAAACGAAUAAAUAAAAUUUUACAUGAUAAAACAGAACUUAGUGAACAAUUAAUAUCCUUAGAAGAAAAACAUCGUAAAUAUUCAAAAAUACAAGCAAAAAUAUUUAAAAUUAUUAAUGAAGAUAAACAUUCAAAUUCAUAUUUAAAACAAUUCGCAAAUCAAAUGACUGAAGAACUUGAUCAAAUACAAGAAUUAAGAAAUCGUCAAAUGUCUAUUUGUAGUAGAACAUCAUCAAUUUCAAUUAUUGGAAAUAAACCAUCACGUGUACUUAGUCAUUCUCUUAAAUUACAACAUAUGGAAAUUCAACAAUUACGAAUAACAGUAGAAAGAGAAAUUGAAGUUAGACAACAAGUAGAAGAAAAAUUAAAACAAUCGGAAGCAGAAAUUAUUUGUAAAAUUGAAGAAAUUAAUCAUUUGAAACAAGAAAAUGAAUUAAUCAAAAAACAAUUAAUUGAUGAACAAGCAAAACAUUUAUCAAUAACAACUAUUCCAGAUACAUCAUCGACUACCAAUGAUGAUCAUUGCACAUCAACUGAUCAAUUUCUAAGAGCUGUUAUUAGUGAACCAUCGACUCUGCAUGUACCAUCGGACAAACCAAAUAGUAAUCAACGAUUAACUCCAAUUAAAAAUGAAUUUCAUGACUUUAGAAUCAAUAGUUUUUCUUCACCAUGUACAUGUCAUUAUUGUCACAAUGUAUUAAUUGGAAUUAUUCGACAAGGAUUUUUCUGUGAACGUUGUGAAGUAAUUUGUCAUCCUGAUUGUGUAGAGAAAGUUCAAAUUCCAUGUGAACCAUCUAAUAAACGUCGAAAAUUGAAACAGAUACCAAAAACUGGUGGCAUAAGAAAAGGUUGGAAUCAAUAUCAAAUAUUAUUUUUUCAAACAAAAUUAUUAUUUUAUGACUUAUCAAAUAAUACAAAUAUAGCCAAAUCAGAACCAUCUUUAAUAAUAGAUCUUAGUAAUGAUACAUUUCAUGUUUGUCCAAUAACACCAGAAGAUGCAAUACAUGCUAAAAAAAAAGAUAUAUCAAACAUUUUUAAGAUAAGUGUAGAAAAAUUAUCAUCACCAAAACAAAUGGAAAAUAUCUAUGUAUUAACAAAUAAUGAAUUAGAAAAAAAUCAAUACAUUAGCAUGCUAUCAGAUCUUUCAAUGAAAUUAAAUACUCGUAUAAAGAAUGGUUUAAUACAAUGUGGAACUUUUACUACAAAAGAAAUAUUUGAUAUAAGUUUAGAAAAAAUAACAGGAGCUCACAUUCUUGAUCCGAAUCGUUUUCUUAUUUUUGGUGAAGAGGGUCUUUAUUUACUCGAUGUUUUCGAUAAUAAACCUACAAGAUUAUAUAAAAAAAUUAUUCAUCACUUAUCGUUAAUAUCAGAUAAUCAGUUAUUAGUAAUGCUAUCCGGAAAGGAGCGUAUGAUUCGUAUAAAACCUCUUAAAUGUCUACUUACUCAGUCAGAGCCAUCGUGGAAUGGCAAAAUACUUGAAACAAAAAAUGCAACAUUAUUUGCAGUAAAUUCAACAUCGUUAACUUUAUGUGUUGCUAUUAAAAAUCGUCUUCUUCUUUUUAAAAUACAUUCGAAUUAUAGACCAUAUCCAUAUACACUUAUACACGAUUUGAGUACAACCCAAAUUAUAACAUAUUUGGAAAUAUCAAUAUUAAAAAUAAAUAACAGUGAAGAAGAAAUACUCUGGUAUGGUUAUUCAUCAACAUUCAUGGCACAACCGAUUGAUCAACAAUGUCCCAGCUUUACUCUGAUAAGAGAUACUGAUCCAACAUUACAAAUUUUUCGUAAACUACCUAUUGAUAUAUUGCGUGUUGUACCUGUGACAAAUUCAUCAUCUAACAAUGAACUAUUACUUGUCUAUAGUAAACUAGGUAUUUAUGUAAAUUAUUCAACAGGAAUGCGAACACGUCAUAGAGAAUUACUGUGGACAGCAUUACCAAUCUCAACAUCCUAUUUCGAUCCAUAUUUACUUGUUUAUACAAAAAUAUCUAUUGAUAUUUAUGAUAUAUCCUUAGGAAUAUGGUUACAAUCAUUACCGUUAUCAAAUACAUAUCCAUUAACAUCAGAUGGUACUAUUUCUCUUUCUUAUGAUCCAGAACUUGUUAAAAAUCAUGCAACAUUAAUUUAUAUAGCACAAAAAAAUUGGUCAAAACGAACUUUAAACAUAUCAGAAAGAUCUUCGGGUUCAUUGAUAUCGGAACCAACAAAUUUUAUACAUCUUGAGCAUCUAGGAAGAGAUGAAGGUUUAAAAAUACUAUUACGUUCAGCACAUAAUAAACAAGAUGAUAAAGUUAUAUCGACAAUUGGAACACAUUUAGUUAAUUCACUAGAUAGUAGUGGAUCGUUUACUAGAACAAAUUCAUAUAGAUCAAGAUCAAAUACGCCUAUAACACUUCAUGACACUGCUGUCCGUUCAUCAGAUUUAUUAAAAGUAAGUGUAAACACAAACACGACACAUGCUGCUACCGAACACAUUUCAAAUCGAUUGUAG